GUCACAGCAUGGCCGCCGUCUCGACUCGUCGCUGUGGAACGCCGCAGAUCUUCGUCAUCGUCUUCUUCAUCCUGUCAGGUGGACACUUGCCGUCUGUAUCCUGCUUCAAGGUGGCGGAGGGGGGCGUGGCCUCUCUGUCCUGUCAGUACUCUGUGAAGCGUUUCGGUCUGAGUCGGGUCUGCUGGGGCCGCGGCUGUGGGACCUUCUGGUGCAGCAACAUCCUGGUGCAGACGGAUGAGAACGGAGUCGUCUCCAAGGUGGAGGACCGGUACAGGCUGACGGGGGACAUCUUGGACGGGCAGAUGGACCUGGACAUCUUGAAUGUGAGACGGACAGACAGUGGGCCGUACUGCUGCAGGGUGGACAUCGACGGGGUCUUCAACGACAAGAAGGUGAUCAUGAACCUGAGGGUGGUCAAAGCUCUGGUCAUCAGUUCUCCUCCAACCACAACAACAACCGUGACAGCAACAACCAAUCGGGUCAGAGCACCGUCAACCUCAACAGUGAACUGGAGAUCCCUGCUGUCGUCUCAGCUGGACCUGCUGAGGAGGAACUCCACCCUGCUGCACUCCGACGCCGUCACUGUGGACGACUCUCCACCCUCACUGUCCCUUCAGAUCAACGUUCCCGUCCUCUCUCUGUCCCUCAUUGUGUUGUUCAUGUUGGCUGCAGUUCUUGUCUUUCUGGCCUUCAAACGUGGACCUUACAGGAGAACCUUAAAGACCAGCUGUUUGUCCUCUGAGGAGCCUCCUCACAUCAUCUAUGAGAUCCGCAUGAGAAGACCAAUACAGGAGAACAUCUACACUCUGGAGUAGAGACCCUCAGUCACACCACGAAUAAACCCAGAAAAAUACGCCUUACGCACACACACACACACACACACACACACACACACACACACACGGCUGGAUGCCUUCACUGACUGUUUAAAUCUGGUGAACUGAGUGUGGAAAUGAUUCAUCGUUAGAAAUCGUUUGUCCUCAUGUUUAUUAUUCUGUUUCCAGAUUUCAGGCUGUUGAAGACAGUUUUCCCUCGGGAUCAAUAAAGUAUCUAUCUAUCUAUCUAUC